AGGGUUAACAGAGCUGGAAUUCGGAAUAGACACGGCAACUAAUCUCUGCCGCCCCGAUCGCGCCGCGACACGCCGAUCGGAUUACCUCGACGCCUUUCUCUUUGCUCCCCGACCCCUCUCCUGUCUUGUGCCUACCCUAUUUCUUGUUGGGGCAAGCCGAGAUGAGGGAAGCCAACUUCAGCAUACCCAAUGUCAACAAGGCGUCGGUGGGCAUCACCACGGCCUUGUAUGACCGACGCGCCCUCGACUGCACCUCGACUCUUCCAUUGAUUAAUUCCCUAAACCACCUCGCCUAUCUCACCACCUCUUCGGCUAGAAUCCGCGACAUCCUUACCGUCGAUGGCGGCAUCGAAAGACUGGUCUGCAUUUUAAAGGAGGGACGGAGCAAGGAUAUGAUGGACAUGUGGAAGUGGAACCUGGCCUUUCAAUGCGUGGUCAACAUAGGGGUUAGGGGCACGGAGGCUGUCCGGACUCGGGUCGUCGAGGCCGAUAUGGUUCCCGUCAUUGCGACCAUCCUCGACAACUACAUCAAAGUCAUUGAGCGGGUCCGGGAAAAGGCAGAGGAGGCCAAGCAAAAGGAUCAUUACCGGCACCGGAUUGGCGGGAGCAGCCGCGCGCACAAGUCGUCGAGUUUCUCAUCUAGGUCGGGGACCUUGGAUGUUGACCAACGAACUUUCCGCAGGCAAGCUCCACCCCCUUCGAUUGAUGUGUCCGCGGCGCUGGCCGGGCCAUCCACAGCAUUGGUCCAUUCCGGUGCUGACCCAACGCCAACUGCUCCGCAAUUCCAAGUGACGCCUCCAGCCGAGAGAACUCCCCUGACCGCCCACCGUCACCAUCAUCAUUCCAUCCCCUCCCCUGGCCCUCAGACAGCCCAGCCGCUCGCACCCAUCGUGCCGUCAAUGGAAGCUGCCGAUGGCUUCGUCAGACCCAUCCGAGACACCGAUCGUCUCGGUGGCAUACUGCCAUUCUCCCGCUCCGCCAUUACCUCGCAGCCAGCUUCUCCCACGACGCCUUUACCGCCUCCGCAACUUCGGUCUCCGACUGUACGACCCACAUCAAUGCUGGCCGGGACAUCCCGGCCGCGGAGGCGGCCUUCAAUCCGCCAUCAACACUCCACUGCUGCCGAGCCAGAUGACAUGAACACGGAUAGUAUCACCUCGGAAGACUCACCUGACGCCGAGAUGUCAGGGACGGGCGACCUGCAACCCGAGGUCGGGGGUCCGGAUAUCACGGUGGAAGAUAGCGAUAGCAUCAUGGCAGGUGGCGCGAUCGACCUAACGACUCCAACUGCCUCCGAGACCCAGGACGCGGGGACCUUCAACAUUACUCACCAAGGCCCAGUGGAUGGCAGCGUCGACACCAACAACACGCCGACGCCCGUGCCAGCCAUGGGCUUGUCUCCAAACAGGCCAACUUUAGUGAGCCCGCCGCAGCCAGCGCUACCUAACGCCAGCGUCCCACGUUAUCUGCUCGACCGUCAAUUCAACCCGAACCCACAAUUGCUCGCCGCGAUGCCGAGGGAAGAAGACGUCUUGAUGUCGCUGCAGCUUCUUGCGUACGUUUCCAAGUACUGCAACCUGAGGAAAUAUUUUCAGAGGACCCACCUCGUUCCCAAGCUCAAGAUUGGCAAGGAGAUUCAGCUUCUCGACGGCGCCGACCCAACUGCCCUCGAGGCCGAGCUGGAGCAGGAGGAGGAGGCGGCUGAGGAGGAGUACUGCCUGCCCAACGACCUGAACAUUUUCCCACUUGUGGAGAAGUUCACGGUUAGGUACCAUAGCACCGAUAUGCAAUAUUGGGCCGGCGUGGUCAUGAGGAACCUGUGCCGCAAGGAUGACACGCGGGGCGGGAUCCGACAGUGCGCCUACUACCAGUGCGGCAAGUGGGAAGAGUUCACGAGGCAGUUUGCGAAGUGCCGCCGCUGCCGACGGACCAAGUACUGCAGCAAGGAGUGCCAGAAGAGCGCCUGGGCUUUCCACCGUCACUGGUGCAUUGCUGCGCAGCAAUAAUGUUCUUUUCCUCUUGGGGGCGGCGCUUGACUGCAGUAAGGGGAAUGAUGACAUGGUCACUUUAUUGAUACCCCUUUCUGGUUUUCAUCUGAACCUCCUGCUGCACCUCCUGGGACACAUACAACACAGUCUCCUCCAGUCUUUCCAUAAUAUCGACCUAGGUGCUACUGGCCGAACCAAAACGCCGUUUCCUCUCAGUGGACGCUUCGGCACAGUUGAGCGGCGGCAGCAUGGCCAAGUACAGCACAGCAUGACGAAGCACAGCACAGCAUAUCAUCUUUCUCCCGUCCCUCUCUGUCU